AUGGCCGCCGGGUGCCCGUCGCACUCGCCGCCGCACUCGCCGAGGCUGCCUCGUCGCGGCGCUCCAGGGCCUCUUGGAGCUCGGCAGAGAGGUUCGCGGCCGUGGAAGAUGCCUCGCCGCGGUGCUCCAAGGCCACCGCCGUCCGGUCGUCGGCUGCUGCUUGUUCGUCCCGCGGGCCGCGCCGCCAAGGAAGGAGGGCAGAGGGCGGCGCCGCCGAGCUCGAGCCCGUCUGCCGUCGUCCGGCCCCGGUCCGCCGCUGUUCGCGCCGGAUCCGCUCAAGGGGCGCCGCCGACCGCGCCGAGGAGAGCCGAGCUCGAGCGCCGCGGGGGAGGGGCGGCGGAUCCGGCCGCGCUCUCCGGCCGCCCUCGAGCCCCGCGCGCCGACCGUCCCGCGGGCCCGUCGCCGCUCCGCGCGCUCGCUGCCCUUGUGCCGCACGCUAGAGUUGCUGCUGUCGCUCAAUAG